AUGGGUCAAGGUCAAUCCGGCAUGGGAGAAGGGGGACGUGAUGAGAAGGAUAAGAAGAAGGAUAAGCCCAAGUACGAACCUCCGCCUCGACCUACCACACGAGUCGGUCGCAAGAAGAGAAAGGCUGGCGGCACCAGCGCCGCUCAGAAACUUCCCGCCGUCUACCCUACCAGCCGAUGCAAGCUCCGACUUUUGCGAAUGCAGCGAAUCCACGAUCAUCUCUUGCUCGAGGAGGAGUACGUCGAGAACCAGGAACGCCUGCGCAAGGCCAAGGCAGCCAAGGAGGGUCAAUCUGCUGGCACCGAUGCCGAUGUCGAUCGAUUAGCAGACGAGCGUGGCCGUGUCGAUGACAUGCGAGGAAGCCCCAUGGGUGUUGGAACUCUAGAGGAGUUGAUCGAUGAUGAUCAUGCGAUCGUCAGCAGUACUACUGGUCCUGAGUACUACGUUAGCAUCAUGAGCUUCGUCGACAAGGACUUGCUAGAGCCUGGCGCCAGUGUUCUUUUGCACCAUAAGAGUGUCAGUAUCGUUGGCGUGCUCACAGACGAUGCCGAUCCUAUCGUCAGUGUCAUGAAGCUCGACAAAGCUCCUACCGAGUCAUACGCCGAUAUUGGUGGUCUGGAGCAGCAAAUUCAGGAAGUCAGAGAAUCAGUAGAGUUGCCACUGCUCCAUCCAGAGCUUUACGAGGAGAUGGGCAUCAAGCCUCCCAAGGGUGUCAUUCUCUACGGUGCUCCCGGUACUGGAAAGACAUUGCUGGCCAAGGCCGUCGCCAACCAGACCUCCGCCACUUUCCUACGUAUCGUGGGUAGUGAGCUUAUUCAGAAGUAUCUUGGCGACGGUCCCCGACUUGUGCGACAGCUUUUCCAGGUUGCUGGUGAGAACGCUCCUUCUAUCGUCUUUAUCGACGAAAUCGAUGCCAUUGGUACGAAGCGAUACGACUCAACAUCAGGUGGUGAGCGUGAAGUCCAGCGAACUAUGCUGGAGCUUCUCAACCAGCUUGACGGUUUCGAUGACCGUGGAGACGUCAAGGUCAUCAUGGCCACAAACAAGAUCGAUACCCUGGAUCCUGCUCUGAUCCGACCUGGACGUAUCGAUCGAAAGAUUCUCUUCGAGAACCCCGACCAGAACACCAAGCGCAAGAUCUUUACCCUUCACACUUCAAAGAUGAACCUCAACGAUGAUGUCGACCUUGAGGAAUUCAUCUCUCAGAAGGACGAUCUCUCAGGUGCCGAUAUCAAGGCCAUCUGCUCCGAAGCCGGUCUGCUCGCUCUCCGAGAACGACGAAUGCGGGUGCAAAUGGCGGACUUCCGAUCAGCGCGUGAGAGAGUACUCCGUACAAAGCAGGAGGGUGAGCCAGAGGGUCUGUAUCUGUAA